AGGGCAGGGUUCAAGGGCAAAGUCUGCUUAGCUUUUGGGAGGGUGGGGGCCCACCUGGGCACACACCACAUGGGGCCACAGGAGAGGGGAUGACCCUGGGUGGGGGAGGCGCAGAGCGUGACCCUAGGUAGUAGGGGUGGCUCCCCGGCAGGGGCCUGAGCUCGACACCCCCUGAGCCGCUGUUGGCCGUCUGUGAACUGGGGGUGGGCAGGACCGGCUCACAGGGGAUCCCUUGCCCAGUCUCGGUCACCUGCCCGGUGAGGUCCAGGUGGAGGUGGGUGGUGACUAGCUGAGGGGGAAGAAAAGGAAGGAAAACACCUGGCAGGCGCCUGAGCGACCGCAGUCCGGCUCUCUCCUUGCUGCCGCCGGCUGCCCGGCAGCCCAGGCCACCAGUGUCCUCUUGCCUGCAGAGACCAAGUUUGGGGUCGUGUUUGACGCCGGGUCCUCCCACACGUCCGUCUUUGUGUACCAGUGGCCGGCAGACAAGCAGAAUAACACAGGUGUGGUCAGCCAGGCCCUGGCCUGCCAGGUGAAAGGUUAGUCGGCAGCUAGGUCAGCGGUGGGAGGGCUGGGUCGGAGUCCCCGCCGGGCGCGGCUCUGGGGGCGGCUCGGGCUGGAGUGAGGUGGGGGCAACACUUAAACCCUUAGCAUAUCAGCCAAUCGGCCUAAAGGAAAAGCGGCUCAGAGUGGUUGAAUGACUUACCCCAGGUGGCCCAGCUGACCAAGGAGGUCCUGGACCAGGGUCUGCGUGUGCCUGCACAGCCCUGGCUGCCUCUUCAUCUUCCGGAGGCUCCGGGCAUUCCCGGGCUCACAGUCCCGUCACCCCAACCUCUCACUCCGGUGCUGGGCAGCCUUCUUCCUCGAGAGUCUCAACGCCUUCUCUCCUCUCUCACGAAGGACCGGGACCAUCGAGUUUAGGGCCCACCCAAGGAAUCCAGGUUGAGCUCAUCUCAAGAUCCUUAACUUAAUUACAUCGGCAGAAACCUGUUUUCCGAACAAGAUCCCACUCAAAGGUCCCAGUGGCGAGGGCAUGCUCGUAUCUCCCGGGGGGACAUGGUCCUCUGCGCCGCGGGCCCUCCCAGUCCAGCCGGCCCUCAGGCCUGGAGCCGCGUCCUGAGAUGCUGUGUUUCAGGGCCUGGAAUCUCCUCCUACGCCUUGGAUCCUGCCCAGGCUGGCAAAAGCCUGGAGGACUGCCUGGAGGAGGCGCUGGCGCUGGUCCCGGAGGCUCGGCGUCGGGAAACGCCCGUGUUCCUUGGGGCCACAGCUGGCAUGAGGCUGCUCAGCCAGAAGAACAGCUCCCAGGCGGGAGACAUCCUCGCGGCGAUCAGUCGGGUCCUGGGCCGGUCUCCCCUGGACUUCUGGGGUGCUGAGCUCCUGGCUGGACGGGAUGAAGGUGCCUUAGGUUGGAUUACCAUCAACUACGUCCUGGGCAUGCUGGUCAAGUAUUCCUUCUCUGGAGAAUGGAUCCGGCCUCUGGAGGAGCCCCUGGUGGGCGCCCUGGACAUGGGUGGGGCCUCCACCCAGAUCACCUUUGUGCCCGGAGGCCCCAUACUGGACAAGAGCACCCAGGCCACCUUCCGCCUCUACGGCUCUGAGCACAGCGUCUACACCCACAGCUACCUCUGUUUCGGGCGUGACCAGAUGCUGACCAGGCUCCUGGCUCAGCUGCUGCAGAGCAGCCCCGGCCCCCUGAUCCGCCAUCCGUGCUACCACAGUGGCUACUGGGCCACGCUGUCCCCAGCGACCCUAUAUGAGUCACCCUGUGUCCACACCACACCCCCCCCAGGCCUGGCCUGGAACCUCACUGUGGAGGGAACAGGGAACCCCGGGGCCUGCGUCUCUGCUAUCCGGGGCCUCUUCAACUUCUCCAGCUGCGAGGGCCGAGGACACUGUGCCUUCAAUGGGGUCUACCAGCCCCCCGUGCGGGGCCAGUUCUACGCCUUCUCCAACUUCUACUACACCUUCCACUUCCUGAAUGUCACCUCCAAGCAGCCGCUGGCCACCGUCAACGCCACUGUCUGGGAGUUCUGCCAGAGGCCCUGGAAGCAGGUAGAGGCAAGCUCGCCCGGGCAGGACCACUGGCUUCGUGACUACUGUGCCUCGGGCCUGUACAUACUCACGCUGCUGCUUGAGGGCUAUGGGUUCAGGGAGGACACCUGGUCCAGCAUUGAGUUCCGGAAGCAGUUGGGCGGCAUGGAUAUCGGCUGGACGCUGGGCUACACGCUGAACCUGACCAGCAUGAUCCCAGCUCAGCUGCCCGCCCACUGGCGGGCAGAGAGCUACGGCGUCUGGGCGGCUGGAGUCGUCUUCGCCGUGCUGACUAUCGUGGCUACCCUCGGGGCCACCGCCGUCCACCUCCUCUAGCCCCGGGGCUGAGCUGGGCUGCCCCCUGGCAUUGGUAGGGCGCGGGGGUAGGGGGCUGCCCCAGCCUGGACGGCCGCAUGGGCCAGAGCCUUCCCAUGAGCCCUGCUGGGUCUCCCUGUGUCGUGGGCUCUGGCCCCGUGGUCAGAUGGCCCCACCCAGCCCUCAGGGUCAUUCUGGCCAAGCGGGUUGUAUUGUGGCCUCCGCAUCCUGGCCCCCCCAGGUUCCCUUCUCCACCGCGCUUCCCAGGACGGCAGGUGACCUCCUGCACAAACGCUGGGACACAGGGCCCCGCAGCACUCAGGGCUGUGCGAUCUGUGGUGUUGUGGGACGUGAGGCUGCUCAAGCCCGGAAUGGGAGUGACUGCGGGAACAAGAGGGCUCCCAGGCCAGCCGUGGGAGGUCUAGGAGCAGCAGAGCUGGCGGGACCCCUGCUGUUUCCCGGCCUGAGGGACAGUCUCCGGACUCCGUAGCUCCUCCUGGAGUGGUAGCCCCUCCCCUACCCUGGAAGCCUUCGUCAGCCCCAGCCC